AUGAACAACUCCACAUUUGAUGAACAACYAUCAGAAAUGGUCAACUGCCGCGGCUUCCAUGUGACGAUGAUAGUUAUCAACGCUUUCAGUGCUGUCUUGGCAAUUGUUUUGAACCUCUUGGUCAUCGUGACUUUUGUCAAGACGCCAUCUUUGCGAACACCUUCGAACAUUCUUAUUCUUAAUCUAUCCAUCACUGACUUUGGUGUUGGUGCUUUGGUGCAGCCUGUUUACUGCACGUUCCUUUUUACAUCCCUUUUUGCAGAGACGACAGUAAACACAGUUUUGCUUGAUAACAGUUUCACAAUUUUGUUUGCAAUUAGUUCAAUUUUAUUUUGCGCAUCACUUCUGACCACAACUGCUAUUACCAUCGACCGAUUCCUUGCCCUCCAUUUGAGUUUAAGAUAUCARGAAUUCGUUACAAAGAAGCGCAUUUUACUGGCGGUUAUAAUAAUUUGGACAUUCAGUGCGUCGCUGGAAUGUCUUUUUUUACCUCUUUGGGUUUUUGACAAGAAGAAAUUUGUCGUAAAAKUUGAUUUGGUCCAGUGGGUAGUAYKGGUYUUGGUUAAWWCCAUUCUCUUUAUGAACAGCAGCAUUAAUCCGAUCAUAUAUUUUUGGAGAAUUCUAGACAUGCGAAAUGCUGCUCUUCAAUUGUUGAGAUCUAUUCGAAUGAAAAACAAUGUUAACAAUAAUAAUACCAAUAACGAAAGCUAGAGCGCAUUAUAAUAGCAAGACAAAAAUUAAGUGUAGUUUAAUUCAUGUAAUAUCUAUCUAAUUGACAACAUGUUUAUGCAGUUUACARUCCAAAUACAACUGAUAUCAUCCAUGCAUAUGGUAUAGUCUUAUUUCAAUACUAGAACUGGAAUCGUCUAACGAUAUAUGGACAUGAAGACAUACGAUUUUUACCCUUAUAAAAUACCAACAGCUUCU